UUAGUGGUGGCUGUGGAAGAGAGAAGUGAAGUCAGUCACCUGGUGGUGAAGGCCAGUAAAACAGCAAGCAGAAGGAAGAUUGCUCUCUCUCUCUCUCUCUCCUUCUCUCUCCCUCUUCUCUCUCUGUGGGAUCCACCUCCUAUUCUCUCAACUCUUUUAGCAUAACCUUCAAAGGAGAACGUUCCCUCCAGACUUUAUUACCGUCUUUUCCCCACUGAGAGAAUACCUCUUAGCUGCAAGACAUUUUUUUUUUUUUUUUAAGUCUAUGCUGGACUUCGGGGAUUCGCUUAUCUAGCCAGGGAAAUUGAUCACUGCUAAUGUCUGGGACUCAUAGUGUGCUAAAUUAGCUACCAGAGUAAGGCUGGCGGAGGAAGGCUUUUAUCAUAUACUCUUCUCUUCAGUUUGAACACAUUUACUUGAAAUUUGCCGCAUGAUGUUGUCCAAGGAAGCAGCCUUUUUUCUUGGGAUGCAGCAUUUCACUGGUUUCUAAGCUUAUUGCAGAAGAAGAAAUAAUCUUAAAUAGAGUGGAUUCCGAGUCCCCCCCGCCCCCCUGCUUGAUUUUACUGAGCCGUGUUGCACCGUGGUAGAGAUCGCCUGUCACUAAAUCUGUGAGGAAGUAAAACAAAGUGAAUUGUCAUUAUUAUUUAUUUAUUUUUAUUAUUUUUAACCGGUGGAGGCGGCGAGACCACGGAGAAUGAGACCGAGAGAAGCCGCCAGGGCUUGUAGGAGGAUGAAGCCGAGUUUCAGCUGGAAACUAAAAGACUAGAUUGGUUGUGCCUACAACUUGCCUGGUUCCUCUCCACUUCCUCUAGUUUCGCUCCAUGGACAGAUCAACAAACCUGGACGUUGAGGAGCUCAAGAUGACACGAGAACAGUACAUACUAGCAACACAACAGAACAACAUGCCAAGAAUGGAAAAUGCACAACUUUACCCAGUGGGAAUUUACGGAUGGAGAAAGAGGUGCUUAUACUUCUUUGUCCUUCUGCUGUUGGUGACCAUGAUAGUUAACUUAGCCAUGACAAUAUGGAUACUGAAGGUUAUGGACUUCACUGUGGAUGGUAUGGGAAAUCUGAGAGUCACCAAGAAGGGAAUUCGACUUGAAGGUAUAUCAGAGUUUCUACUUCCAUUGUAUGUGAAAGAAAUUCAUUCCCGAAAGGACAGUCCACUCGUGUUACAGUCUGACAGGAAUGUAACAGUGAAUGCAAGAAACCGCCUGGGGCAGCUUACUGGACAGCUAACAGUUGGAGCUGAUUCUGUGGAGGCACAGUGUAAAAGAUUUGAAGUGAGAUCGAGUGACGAUGACAGGGUGCUUUUCUCUGCAGAUGAAGACGAGAUUACCAUUGGGGCUGAAAAGCUGAAAGUUACAGGUAUGGAAGGAGCAGUAUUUGGGCACUCUGUGGAAACACCACAUAUCAGAGCAGAACCAUCCCAAGACCUCAGGCUUGAAUCACCAACCAGGUCCUUGAUAAUGGAAGCUCCUCGUGGGGUGCAGGUGAGCGCAGCUGCAGGUGACUUCAAGGCUACCUGCAGGAAGGAGCUCCACUUACAAUCUACAGAGGGGGAGAUAUAUCUAAAUGCAGAUACAAUCCGGCUGGGAAAUCUACCUACCGGCUCCUUUACUUCUUCUAGUUCCUCAAAUUCUCGACAGACAGUGUAUGAACUCUGUGUCUGCCCCAAUGGCAAACUUUACCUUUCUCCAGCAGGAGUAGGCUCCACCUGUCAGUCCAGCAGCAACAUCUGCCUGUGGAGCUGAAGUGACUGAUUCCUCCUCACACCACAAUAGCCUUUUGUUCCCGUCCGUCUGCUUCACAGUUCUGCUCAGUUUCCCUUGUGAUCAGUCCAGAGCUUCUUCAAAUGGUCCAGAGAGCAACUUGUUCCAGUGCAAGCAGGGAUUGGACGCUACCUUCUCGCGGGACUCCACAGACCAGCCUGCUCAGCAGAGUGCGACUGACGUAGCCCAGGAGAAAUCCUCUUCAGCAGGAUAGCUGGAUCAGAACUCUUGCUCAAAAGGGGGAAUAACAUAGGUGCCUUUGCUAAAUGCGGUGAAGCACACAGUUCUAGACUUUUGCGGAACCUGGAUAUGAACUGCACACAUACACAUUACACCGAUGAAACCCCCAGUAGCCGAUGGCAGGAUGAAAUGGCUAACCCUGUCAGAAAACAAAUUCUAUACAGUCUGAAAGCACAA